CUCUUCCGCUCUCUUCUCUCUCUCUCUCUCUCUAACGAAAUGCCUCGCCUGAGCAACACGGUGGUCGGAAUCAUAAACUGCUGCACUCUCGCCGUCGGCCUAAUCGCAAUCGGCGCCUCCAUCUACUCCCGCAUCCGCGGCGGCGUCUCCGAUUGCCAGAAGGUCAUUCAAAACCCUCUUCUAAUACUCGGAAUCUUCCUCGUCGUCAUGUCGCUGCUAGGGCUCGUAGGAUCCUUCUGCCGACUCAAUUCCCUACUCUACAUAUACCUGACGGUUCUGUUUCUGUUGAUCGUCGGGAUAAUCGCCUUCACGAUAUUCGCUCUGUUGGUUACGAAUAAAGGCGUCGGAAGGACGGUGUCGGGGAAAGGAUAUAAGGAGUAUCGGCUCGGGGAUUAUUCGAAUUGGUUGCAGAAAUAUGUUGUGAAUGCGAAGAAUUGGGAUGAGAUAAGGAGUUGUUUGGUUGAUGCUAAGGUCUGUGAGAGUCUAGGUAAUAAUGGCCCUAUAGUACGGGAUGAGUUUUACAAGAAGAAUUUGUCGCCUAUUCAGUCCGGGUGCUGUAAGCCGCCGUCGGAGUGUGGAUUCGAGUUCAAGAAUGCGACGUUCUGGACGGUGCCGAAAUCGGGGCCGGUGGGUACGGCGGCUGAGGGCGAUUGCAGAAAAUGGAGCAACGAGCAAGAGACGCGGUGCUACGGGUGCGAUUCGUGCAAAGGAGGAGUGCUGGCGAACAUAAGGAAGGAGUGGAGAAAUUUCGCCAUUCUCAACUGCUGUGUUCUUGCCUUCGUCACUAUCGUCUACUGCAUCGGCUGCUGCGCCACAAGGAACAAUAAGUCCUGUACCAAGCGCACAGGUUCUGCUUAACAUUUUAUUAUUUUGUUGCGUCUUUUUUAUUUUAUUUAUUGAAGAAGAUUAUGGAUAGAUUUGACUGAUAUAUAUUAAUAUUAUAUUGACUUUAAGUUAGUUACGUUGUUAACAUGAUUUGGAUCUACGUAGA